CCGGUUACCGGGGCUUAAUCAUUCUUUUGUCCGUGCAAGUGGCGCAAAUAUCUUUCGUACGAACAAGUGAAAAUGAAGCUGUUGUAUGAAUCCGUCUAGCCCCGAUCGGUUGUGUGUUUGUGUGUGAGCUGAAUAUAUUAUAAUCAAUAAGCAUGUGAAAUAUUUUUCGUCGCAGUUUAUUUGACUGUGUUUCAUUAUUGUAUUGCACCGCUGAUUACGACGCCGUCGUGAGCACUGCGCUCUACAUAUUCCGCCGGCGCUAGUGAAAGGCCCACUUUUCACGGCAAUGGCUACUGCACUACUUUCCCUUGUACUGUGUAUAUGGAUUAGCUCAUUUCAGUCGGUACUAUGUCGCAGCCGAGACGCGACAACCGCCGCGCCAUCAGCAACGGCGGUGGGUGUCUUGACCUUUCCAGAUAAACCGCUGCCCAAUCUCAUAUCACCCAACUCUGUGGAGAUCCCCGAUUUCGCUCUCCUUAAACCCAAACACCAGAAGCGCCAAGCCGUUGCCGAUACCGAUGGUAGUAGUAAUGCGCUGUUCGGUGGCGAUUCCGUACCGAAACUGUUGAAUAUCCAGGCGGAAUGCUUUAAUCCACAGUUUAUCAAAGUCAGUCUGGAUUUCGACCGGGAUUUCCAGGGGAUUAUUUAUACUAAGGGUCACUUUGCGGAUGCUACCUGUGCCUUUGCUAAGGAGGAUUACCCAGCCAAGAGCUACAAUUUCACCGUUCCCACGGAAGCGUGUGGAUCGUUGGACAAUCAUGCGGAGACCAAUGCCAGCAUCACCGAAGCCACGCUCAUCAUCCAGAAUGAUCCGCUGUUCCAAGACGCUAGCGACGUGGCCCGCCGGAUUCGCUGCGCCUGGUCGGACCGUUUCGACAAGAUCAUCUCCUCGCGCGGCUUCCGCGUCGGCUCCCUGGCCGAGAACACCAUGGACUACAGUGCCGACGCCGUUAGUGUGUGGAUGGAUCUGCGCAUGGGCAAGGAUCCCUUCCAGGGCACCCCGGUGACCAACGGUGUCGUCCGGCUGGGCUCGGACAUGACCAUCGUCGUCUACAUAAAAUCCAAGAUCGAGAAGGGUCUGGAUGUGGUCAUUCGCGACUGUGUGGCCAACGACGCCAAAAAGCAUCAACAGAUCCAGUUGACGGACGAGAACGGCUGUGUCGUCCAGAAGAAACUGAUGACCCCCUUCACCAUCACCGACCGGGUCGGGCAGUCGGGAGCGUCGCGCAUCGCCUACGCCAUGCUCAAAUCGUUCAAAUUCCCGGAUUCCCUGGAUGUGAAUAUCAUCUGUAACGUGGCUAUGUGUAAAGGCGACUGUGGAAUCAGUUGCGAGAAGGAUAAAGCCGGCGCCAAACCGGGGGCUCCGAAACCAGCCCCGGUGGCCAAGGUCGACAGUAUGGUGCCUCGUGUCAAACGUGAUGUUGAGCAGAACACCACGGCGAACGUGACGGACCCUGAUGAUGACGUUAUCGAUAUCAUUCCCUUCAAACCGGCCAAUGUGGUCCCGGUGGACACCCAUCCCUCCGGAACACUUCCGCCGCCGCGUUCUGACCUCGCCGGGAUGGAUAACCCCUUGAUCGGGAAGACGGUCUUCCUAAAGGAACGCGAACCGACCGAAGUCGUUCUGGAACGCGGAAUCCGGGUCCUGUCCGACAACGAUAUCACGGAGGUGCUCGUCGGGAAUCAGAAUCGGUCGUUCGAUGUCUUAGCGACCAUGGUCAAGAACACCGACUACAUUUGCUUGACCCGGACCGGUUUCGGCAUCGGUUUGGGAAUUUUAUUACUGAUCAUUUUGAUCUUAUCCAUUAUCUGCGUGUUCUUGUGCUGUGCGGCGUGCGCCAAGCGCAAACAGAAGGAGACAAAGAUUGUAGAAGAUUCGACCAUUAACAUAUAUAAUUCAACGGACCAGUUGACGAGGUCAAAGAUGGAAACGGGAUCGGCCAGUCUCCCGUUGAGCGGACCGACUUCGAUCCUCCGCGGAUCACUGCCCAAUAUUCAUAGUUACGCAACCUCCAACGUGGGAUCGACAUACGGAUACCUCCCCCGUGUCUCCCGUGAUCCUAACAUGAAGGCCUCCGCCAUGACCUUACCGGGACUGGGUAUCCAAACCAAUCCCCAUGUCCGCCAUUCCACGCAGAGUCUGAACGCUAUGCACCACAUUCCACCGACCGACAACAUGUUCCUGCCGAUUGUCCUCCCGGAAGCCCUGCGCGAGGAGAACGCCGACGACACGGAGAAGGCCCGCUCGCUGCGCUCGAUCGCUGUCCCACUGCGCCCGCACAGUGUGGACAUCUUAAACGGCCGCGAUGCGACAGCCGAUGAGGCCACCCGCUCGCUGCGCUCGUUCACGGUACGCUCGCAACACGGUGCCCAACAGCCGGAGGACAACGCCGACGAGGAGAAGACCCGCUCGCUGCGCUCGUUCACCGUGCAGUCUCUCCACAACGCCCCGCUGCGUCUGGAGCCGGUGGAGUUUGACGAUGUGGAACGCUCGCUACGCUCGUACAGUGUCCGCUCCAACAACAGCCUCGGCAAAGCGACCACCAACAACGGGGAGAAUCCGCGCUCGCUGCGCUCGUUUACCGUGCGUUCCCGCAAUAGUGACCACUCGGCGGAUACGGAGACGUCGGAUGUUGGCGAGAAUCCCCGCUCCGAAGGCACCAUCCGCUCCGGAUCACAAGUGAGCCUCGUCCGCGGCGGACAACACAGCAACGAGGAGAACGCCCGCUCGCUACGCUCGGUGUCCGUCUACCGCAAUUAAACGGCAUAUAUAUAUGUCGCACUAAAUUAAUAACUACCUUUAAUAGCGUGCGUGCGUUUGUGAUGCUUGUGAAUAAUCGGCUGGAUCGAUUUUUAGCAAGACAAUAUAAAUUCCCAUUAUCACGGCACUUAAUUAAUAUUAUUGCAGCGUAAAUAGAUCAAUAAAAGUCUGAAUCUGUUUUUUUUCAAUGGUGUGCUUUUUUGCCAUUUUGUAAUAGGAAGCACUGACUAGUCGGCACACUCAUAAACAGCAAUAACAGUCCAAUAAAAAAA